AAAAAGGAAAAAAGAAUUACCAGUUGGCCAACUGCACACAAGCGAAGACUCGAUCCAGGGUCUCUCAGGCCUACAAGCCCACGAUUAAGCCCCCAUCCCGUAAUCCCCCACGCUCCAUCGAUCGUCGCCGCAGCCGAUUCCUUCCAAAUCUCUUCACCCGAUUGAGGAUACAUCUAAUCUGAGCUCUCUAGUCUGCAGAUAUGGCAAGCAAAAGGAUUCAGAAGGAACUCAUGGAUUUGCGGAAGGAUCCACCAACAUCAUGCAGUGCUGGGCCUGCAGGAGAGGAUUUAUUCCAUUGGCAGGCCACAAUCAUGGGCCCUAGCGACAGCCCCUACGCUGGUGGGGUGUUCUUUGUUAACAUCCAUUUCCCCCCUGACUACCCUUUUAAGCCUCCAAAAGUGAACUUCCAAACAAAGGUGUAUCACCCAAACAUCAACUCCAAUGGAAGCAUUUGCCUUGACAUCCUCAAGGAGCAGUGGAGCCCAGCAUUGACCAUAUCAAAGGUCCUCCUAUCCAUCAGCUCUCUUCUCACUGACCCCAACCCAGAUGAUCCCCUUGUCCCAGAGAUCGCCCACGUCUACAAGAGCCAGAGGCCACGUUAUGAGGAGACGGCGAGGGCCUGGACCCAGAAAUACGCAAUGGGUUAGCAGCUAUCAUUCUUGACAACGUUGCACCUUGCAAGAAAUCGAGUCUAGUUGGUUGACUGUCAUGUUAAGAUCCAAGAUGGUUAUGUCUCUCUGAACUAAUUGCCCGUUUCUGUACAGUACUGUCAAAAUUGCAUCAUCUGUAAAUCCCAUGUUGAUUCACACUUUGGUUUAUACCCUGAAGAGCGUGCGUGAUCAUGUCAUUUGUGAUUAUUGUAACCUUGUCAAGAAGCCAGUCAGACUUGUAUGCAUCAACACAUAUUUUUCAUAAUUUUGUGGUGGUUUGGUCCAUUUCUAUCUGA